AAACACGUGUCUUUGAGUACAUCCCCAUAUGACAUGUAUUUUAUUGUCUAUUGAUUAAGUCUUAAAACGUGGAUCCGAUUGAGAUGAUCAGCGAUGGACACAUCGGGUGAUAACGUGCGCUCAUUAUCAUCGGUGGCCGACAUGGGAUCAAAUGCAGUGAUGAAUAACGGAAAUGCCAUCAAAUUAGUGAAAGCCAUCUAUAACUUCAAGCCCACCAAUAAUGAUGAGCUCUGUUUCAAUAAGGAUGAUAUAAUAACGUUAACCCAAUGGCCAUCAGGGGGCUGGUGGGAGGGCACUCUGAACGGCAUCACCGGUUGGUUUCCAUCCAAUUACUGCCAACCGUUGACCACAUCGGACACCGAACUCAAAGACAGCGGUGUCUCUCAUGUGAUCACUGGUGCCACUAAUAGUCACGACACAGACUCUCAACAGUACAGACAAAUGGUGUUCCAAGACAUUGAGGACACGGAAUCGGCUUAUGUUAGAGAUAUUAUGGACACUAUUAAUAGAUAUCUAAAACCAUUACAACUCUCGCAAAUUUUGCCUGAGAAUGACAUCAAUGCGAUCAUACGUAUUGUACAGGAGAUCAGUUCAGUGCACCGGCGCUUUCUGGUCACACUUAAUGGCCUUAAUUCUCUCCCUCACAAAGAGGUGCGAAUUGGUGGCGUGUUUCUGGAGUUUGCACCGCAUAUAAAGGCUGUCCACUUAGACUACUGUGCAAAUCACGCCAAGUUUGUCCACUCGAUUGAGAAAUAUAAGAAAGACAUCUGCACUCUGUUUAAUGGUAUGAACCCAUCGGACAACAACGCCGGUAACGUUCAGUUGACUUCGUGUUUAAGCGCAUCGUUUAGACGUAUAGACAAAUAUCCGGCUCUACUUCAAGAACUUCAAAGAUAUACUGAUGAAAGUCAUAUCGAUAGAGGAGAUACACAAAGGGCUGGCUUUGUGUACAGAGAUCUAUCGAUGUCUUGCCUGGAGUUGAGGCGAAGGAAGGAAAUGGAACUGGAGGUCAUGUUAGGCAAUAUCAAGAACUGGGAUCAGGGAAUGAAAAACAUUCAGACAUUUGGCGAAAUAAUACGCAUGGAUUCGGUGAGCAUUCAAAUUAUCCCGGAUUACAGCGAAAUGAAAAAAGACAGAUAUCUGGUUCUGUUCCCACAAAUACUACUCGUGCUGUCCGUCAGCACCGAAAUGACAUCAUUUGUAUUCGAAUCGAAACUAAGACUCGAAGACGCGGUCAUCAAAACGAGUGGUGAACUCAUGGACGCGACCAAUAUAUUUGAGAUCACGUCGACUGAGGAGAAGACUACCGGCGCUCAGACGACAAACAUAUCGUUUAUCAUUCAGUGCCCGACUAUUGAAGACUCGAAACAUUGGAUCGAAUUAUUACAGAAAUAUAUCUUACAUUCACAGACAUUGAAACACAAUCCCAGUGCUGGUGUGCUUCACGCCAAUCACGGCUCCGACAGCACUGGUCACCGAUCGGCCGUUCCUUCCAUACAAAGCGAAGGGUCGACCACUUCUUCGGCUAUAAUACUGAACACAUCGCAGUCAUCGCAACGUAUCGCCGGACAGACACCACAUAUCACACGAUCUAAUAUUUAUUGGACUAAUAAAUGUUUGUUACCCCACCCGCCCACUCGGAUUAGACCUCAUAGUGGCACUACCGGUGCUAAUACCCCGGCAGCUGUCAGUAAAAAAGGGAAUUUAAGUGCAAAUGAAGAUAUGCUUAUAUUGCAAGUCAUUGAGAGUUAUUGUAAUAAAGGACGGGUCAGACAGCCUUCGAGUGCAGCUUAUUCAGACAGUCCUCAGGUGUAUGUCGUGGACGAGGACCGACCCAAUACAGGCAGCAAUUCAUCGGUUAAUAGUUUACAUAAAAACGGGGAGACUGUGAAUACGGAAAUGGAUAUAAGAAACGAAUUGAGACAAAUGAAAAUGGACUAA